AGCGAUGCACUCAACUUUUCUCCUCUCCGUCAGACGAACUGCCCCACGCGUCUGCCCCACGCGCAGCACAAAGGACUCCGUGAGGCAUAGAAAAGUUCCUGGAUUAGCGGAGAAUUAGCACAAAGCAGAGACGCCACUUCAGCUCAGCACUGCAAAGUAGCCGGCGAGUGAACGCGGGAGAGAGACACAGCAAGAAAGAAAGAGUGAGAGAGAGACUCCGAGAGGGAGCGAGAGAGAGAGAGAGAGAGAGAGAGAGAGACUGCAAGAGAGGAAAAGCACAGGGACAGAGCGGCACACCGAGGUUGGACACGCACCCCAGCAGCUCCAGGGCCGAGUUCCCGAGUGCGGACGGACAUCCUUCCGCGAGAGGACAGAUCGCCUCGCCAACAUGGAGGAGAAGCAGUGUUCUGGCAUUCUGAAUGGAGCAGUUCCUGGAGAACAAGUGAAGAAGGAUGAGAACUCCCGCAGAGGGAACUGGGGGAACCAGAUCGAGUUUGUCCUGACCAGUGUGGGCUACGCAGUUGGUCUAGGGAACGUCUGGAGGUUCCCCUACCUCUGCUACAGAAACGGAGGAGGUGCCUUCAUGUUCCCGUACUUCAUCAUGCUGGUGUUCUGUGGCAUCCCGCUCUUCUUCCUGGAGCUGUCCUUCGGCCAGUUCACCUCGCUUGGCUGCCUUGGUGUGUGGAAGGUCAGCCCCAUGUUCAAAGGUGUGGGUUAUGGGAUGAUGGUGGUCUCCACCUACAUUGGCAUCUAUUACAAUGUGGUAAUCUGCAUUGCCAUCUACUACUUCUUUAUGUCUAUGACCAAUCUCCUGCCCUGGACGUACUGCAACAACCCCUGGAACACGCCGGACUGCAGCGGCGUAGUGGGCACGGCGCACACCAACGCCACACUGGCCAACGUCUCUGCUGCACUGUCCGCUGUCACCAACAUGGCCAACCGCACCAAACGCACGAGCCCCAGCGAGGAGUACUGGAGGAACUACGUGCUGAACGUCUCUGAUGGCAUCGGAAACUUUGGGGAGGUGAGACUGCCCAUCCUGGGGUGUCUGGCCAUCUCCUGGGUAGUAGUCUUCCUCUGCCUCAUCCGUGGGGUGAAGUCCUCAGGCAAGGUGGUGUACUUCACUGCAACCUUCCCCUACGUGGUACUCACCAUCCUCUUCGUCAGAGGCAUCACACUGGAAGGAGCUAUCAGCGGGAUUAAGUACUACCUCACACCACAGUGGCAGAAAAUCCUGGAUGCCAAGGUGUGGGGUGAUGCUGCAUCACAGAUUUUCUACUCCCUGGGUUGUGCAUGGGGUGGUCUUAUCACCAUGGCAUCAUACAACAAGUUCCACAACAACUGUUUCAGGGACAGCAUCAUCAUCAGCGUGACCAACUGUGCCACCAGCGUCUACGCUGGCUUCGUCAUCUUCUCCAUCCUGGGCUUCAUGGCGCACCACCUUGGGGUGGAUGUGUCCCAGGUGGCAGACCACGGGCCGGGUCUUGCCUUCGUCGCCUACCCCGAGGCCCUGACGCUUCUACCCAUCUCACCGCUCUGGUCCCUGCUCUUCUUCUUCAUGCUCAUCCUGCUAGGAUUGGGCACACAGUUCUGUCUGCUGGAGACGCUGGUCACCGCCAUAGUGGAUGAGAUCGGGACAGACUGGAUUAUUCGGAGAAAAACCUUCAUCACUCUUGGAGUGGCCAUAGUUGGCUUCCUCUUAGGAGUGCCCCUGACCACACGGGCAGGAAUAUACUGGCUGUUGCUGAUGGAUAACUAUGCAGCCAGCUUCUCUUUGGUCAUCAUUUCCUGCAUCAUGUGCAUUUGUAUUAUGUAUGUCUACGGACACAGGAACUACUUUAAGGAUGUGGAGAUGAUGCUGGGAUUCCCUCCUCCUGCCUUCUUCAGGAUUUGUUGGAGGUUCAUCUCUCCGCUCAUCAUCUCAUUCAUCCUGAUCUUCACAGUGAUCCAGUACAAGCCCAUCACCUACAACGACUACGUCUUCCCAGACUGGUCUCUCGUCAUCGGCUUCUGUAUGGCCUUGUCCUCGGUGGUCUGCAUUCCCAUCUACAGCAUCUUUAAGAUUCUCACAUCCAAGGGCUCCACCUUCUCAGAGCGGUUGAAGAACGCGUUGAGGCCGGAUCCUGAUUGGGGCCCGGCGCUGCCGGAGCACAGGCUGGGCCGCUACGCCUCGCCGGGGCCAGAGGGCAUGGACAUGCGGCCAACCACAGGUGAGCUGGAGGAGGGCCGGGAGGCGGAGAAAGAACACAAGGAUGAGAUGGGCAGCAAUGGCUCCACGCUCAAGCCCACGCCCACUGCAUAGGGACAGGGUCCGGGGCCAGGGCGACGCCCCCACAGCCGCAGGCCGAGGAGCAGGCCACACUCGCUGGAGAACCUUUACAUAUUGUAAGGGCUUUAUUAUUUCUAACCUCUAGAGAAAUCGGUUGUCAUCCAAAACCUUUUUCCUUUUUAAUUUUUUAAUGCCGUUUUUAUUUUUUAAGUAAAAAAAAACAAGGUAUGUUCAUGUGCAGGAAGCAUUUUUUCACAUACCCACCAAGUGUACAGUUGUGGCAUACGUGUUUUUGUUGUUUGUUUAUUUGUUUUUCCUUUUUUUUCUUUUGUGUAGAAUUAUCCAGAAAUAUGUCUGCUGUAGUUGUAGGCUACUGGUGUGUAGGGCGACGCUCCGCGUGCUGGUCAGUUUAAGGGCUGAAGACCAAACGUUCUUUGACUAGAGUAAAUAUAUCCUGACAUAACCAUUUCCUGGCAUCUUUUAAGGUUUCCAUGUGUUAUUUAUGUUUUUAUUUAGCCACACUGUACUGGGCGUAGCCUGGUGCCUUCACAUAGCUCCACCUUUCCGUCCUUCUCCUACAGGACGCGGCACAAAGGACGACUUUCGCCUUCAGCCCAUAUGAAAGCACAUUAAAGUCCCAAACCCAAUCUCAGGGUGUCCCACAGCCCUCUAAAGCCAUGAGAUCACCAGUCAUUAGAAGAAAUAUCUUCAUUAUAGCCUGAUUUAUUCGUUUUGAUUUUACCUAAGAGGGGAUGAAAUAUUUUGUAAGGGUUUUACGUGGCGCAAACUACCACUGACCAGUCGAUUUAAACCUGAAAUGCAUCUUGUGGGUACCAAGCAAAAAAAAAUCCAGACCACCCUCGUGCAGGCGUGUAUGUGUGUGUGUGCAUGCAGGCGUGUGUGUGUG